AUGGCGGCGCCCAUGAGAAUGUUGUCCCGCGUGUUUUUACACCAAAAUCCACGUUUCCCGCCUUUUUCUGCCGUAUCCUCGCAGCUGGACCGCGCCGACAUACAGGAGUUGGACCUGUCCCAUGAAAAGUUUCUGUAUAGAUGGAAGCACCAGGUGCCAGACCUCACCCACGUGUCUCCCCAUAAACUUGCCGGGAUACUGAAGAAAACCAUCCUGUAUGAUGAAGGUGACAUCGUGGCCAUAGAGAAGCCGUAUGGAGUCCCUGUUCAUGGUGGACCAGGGAUGGGGGUGAGUAUAGCGGACGCCCUGCCCAUCUUGCAGGGUGCGCUGAAGACAGAGCAGCUGUACCUGGUGCACAGGCUGGACAAGGAGACCACGGGAGUCAUGCUGCUGGCCAAGACUGACCACACGGCACGGGAGCUGCACAACCUGUUCAGGCUCAGGAAAGUCAUCAAGAAAUACUGGGUUCUCUCCAUGGGGGUACCAUCACACGAAGAAGGCGUUGUAGACAUCCCCAUCAAGGAAGUGGAGGUGACGGCACACGGCCGGCCCCACUACAGGAUGGUGUGCGUACCAGAGUACAGCGAGGAAACGAAGCUUCUCGUGAAGAAGAAGAGGAAAAGCGAUGAAGCACAGGUGGCUGUUACCGGCUUCCGAGUCCUGGACAGUCGUGGCUCCUGUGCACUGGUGGAGUGCCAGCCGGAAACCGGUGUAAAACACCAGAUCAGGUCUCACAUGUCCUACGGGCUGGGCUGUCCCAUCCUGGGGGACCACAAGUACUCCAACCACAACAAGCUGGCACCACAGAGACUGCCGACGGGAAUGUUGGAAAGGCUGGGAAUCGAGCAGCCCAAAGCCCGGUACCUCCCGAUGCACCUCCAUGCCAGACAGCUUAUCCUGCCAGGCUUAAGGGAUGGACGUGGUUUGUACCUCACCGCGAGGCUGCCCGAUUUCUUCAACAGGAACAUGAGGAAACUACGAAUCAGAGUCCCGAGAGGAGUGAAGUGAUCUGUCAGUAACAAGAAAUUUUGGAAAAUUGUAAAGCAAUGAGGCAGGGCUGACAUAUUCA